AUGGAGAUUGAAGAAUACGAGGAAGAGUAUGAGGAGUAUGAGGAGUAUGAGGAGUUUGAGGAAGGCGAAGAGAUUGUGAAGGAGCAUGUUGUGGAGGAAAUGGAGGGGACCACGCAGCAAGCACAUGUCACGGAGUCGGCAGAUUUACCUGCACGCAAGGUGAAGAAGAAGGUGAAGGUAGACACCUCCAAGUUCAUGACUCCAUAUUUGGCGCACAGUCAGAAAAUGCUGGAUCUUUUUAGUAAUAAUAAGUACCGACAGAACUAUGAAAAGACCAAAGGGCGCCCCUACACCAUCACAACUGACACUCCAGAAAUUCUGAGGAUAAAGAAGGCCCAGCAGCAGCUCAGUGAUGUAAAAUACAAAAUGGAGGGGAUGAAGUCACAGACGAUAAGCCACUAUGAUGGAACAGCUAAAGAGAUUUCCCACGUGAAAAAUGUUUCUGAUCUACUCAGCAAAGUACUGUAUAGGCAGAAAUGGGAUGAAACCAAGGACCGGUACCAGCUGCCCCCAGAUGCUCCAGAGCUUGUGCAAGCAGUGAAGAAUGCAGCAAAUUUAAGCAAGAAACUGUACACGGAGGCCUGGGAAGAGGAAAAGACCAUGUUCUUGCCUUACAAUGACAGUCCAGAGUUACGCAGAGUGGCAAAAGCACAAGAAGUCCUCAGUGAUGUCCAAUACAAAAAGGGCCAUGAUGAGCGCAAGGCGAAGUACACAUCUCUGGCAAAUCCCCUGGAAGUUGAGCUGGCCAAGAAGGUGUUCUUACAGCGCAGUGAUCUCAAGUACCAUGAGGACUACAACAAGAAAGUCAAGGGCAAGUGGUGUGAAACACCAUACUUUGAUGUUGCCAUUGCAAAGAUGGCCAUGGACAACCUUAGUGCUAGGAAGUACACUGCUGACUAUGAAGAUAAGAAAGAUCAUAUUUACUUCAUGCAGACAGAGACCCCAGAAUAUGAUAUGCAAAAGAAGGCAAGACAGGCUGCCAGUGAUGUCAAGUACAAGAAGGAGUACGAGAAGACCAAAUCAGUGUCUGAUUACAACAUUCUCCCUGCGACAGAGAACCCAGUGCUGAGACAGCUGAGAUACGCUGGGACCAUUCUCAGUGAUAAAGUGUACAAAGGAAACUAUGAAAAAUCAAAGAGGUCAAGUAUCAAUUACUGCGACACUCCAAAGUUUAAGAUGGACAGUGUGAUGAAGAAAUUCAGUGAUGUGCAUUAUAAGGAAAAAUAUGAAAAUGAUGUAAAAGGACAUUACAUUGGCAGCUUUGAAGAUAUCGGUACGCUUCACUGCAAGCAGGUUGAGGAGAUGAAGGGAGAUAAAAACUACAAAGCUGAUUAUGAGGACAUCAAGACAAGGUGUUUUUUUCCACAGACUAUAACACCUGAAUAUGAAGCCAUAUCAAAACUACAGCAAUGUAGGGAUAAAGUGUACAGGCAGCAUCCAGACAUGGUGAAGUUCACUCAAGUGACCGAUUCCCCAGUUCAAGUACAAGCUGCCAUCAACGCCAGACAGCUCAGUGAUCUGAAUUAUAAGUCAAAAUACGAACAAGAAAAAUUCAAGUGUUCUCUGCCGCCCGACUACCCGUUCUUCAUUCAGUCCCGAGUGAACGCCUACAACCUUAGUGAUAAUUGCUACAAGUAUGACUGGGAGAAAACAAAAGCAAAAAAAUUUGAGAUCAAGGCAGACGCUCUUCCCAUUCUUGCGGCACGUGUUCACACCAAUAUAGUUAGUGAUGUUAAGUACAAAAAAGACUUUGACAAAAAUAAAGGACAGAUGAUCGGAGCCCUAAGUGUUGACGACGACCCCAAGAUUUUGCAUUCUCUCCAUGUUGCUAAAAUGCAGAGUGACCGUGAGUACAGGAAAGGCUAUGAGAAGAUGAAGACCAAAUAUCAUGCUCCUCUGGACAUGAUGGCAGUGUCUCAAGCAAAAAAGUCACAAGCCAUAGCCAGCAAUUCAGGCUACAAGAAGCUCAUUCACCAGUACGACCUGCCUAGUGACAGCGUUGCCCUGGACCUGGCCAAGAGGGCUAACAUCCUGCAAAGUGAGAAUGACUACAGGUCUGAGUACAACUGCUACACCAAAGGUACACCAUGGCUGACUUUUGGUUCAAUGGACAUGGAAAAAGCCUUGAAAGCUAGUGACAUCCUGAAUGAGAAAAAGUAUAGACAACCUCCAGACACCAUCCCUUUCACUGCCAUCGAUGAUCAUCCCACCAUGGUGCAAGCUAAACUUAACCAGAUCCAAAGGAGUGAGCUGAACUACAAGAAAGGUCUAGAUGAUGUGCUACGGAAGUACUCUUUACCACCGGAUGUGCCACAGUUUAUCCAGGCUAAAUGCAAUGCCUUCCACCUCAGCAAUAAAUAUUACAAGCUUGGGUUGGAAGAGCUGAUUUCUAAGGGUUAUGACCUCAGGAUGGAUGCCAUUCCUAUCCUUGCCGCUAAGACUGCACGACUCGCAGCCAGUGAUUAUCAGUACAAGAAGAAACACCAGAAAGCAAAAGGCCACCACGUUGGCUUCCGCAGCCUCCGGGAUGACCCCCUGCUGGUGCACUAUAUGAAUGUGGCCAAGAUGCAGAGUGACAAGAACUACAAGAAGGAAUACCAUAAGGCUAAGCUCAAAUAUAGCAGCCCGGUGGACAUGCUCAGUGUAGUGCAGGCCAAGCAAGCCUCAGCCGUCACCACCAACAUUGGCUACAAAAAGCCACAGCACCGCUACACCCUCCCACCUGAUGCCUUGAACGUGGAGCUGGCUCGCACCUUGAAUGUUACCAUUAGCGAUAAUAAGUAUAAAUCAGAUUAUGAGAACUACAUGAAAGGAACUGGAUGGGUCCCCAUAGGUUCACUGGAUGUGGAGAAAGUGAAGAGGGCUGGAAAGGCUCUGGAUGAAAAGAAUUAUCGUCAGUCUCCUGACACCAUCAGGUUCACCUGCAUUCCGGACUCGCCAGUCAUGCUUCAAGCCAAGAUCAAUGCCCAGCAGCUGAGCGAUAGGGUGUACAAGGCGAGCGGAGAGAAGUACUUGCAUACCUACAGCCUUCCUUUAGAUACUCCUCAGCUGUUACAGGCUAAGUACAAUGCAGUCAACUUCAGCCCGGUAAAUAUUCAAAUUAAAUGCCACUGGCAAGAUCUUCUCAAAGGUCACCAAAUGAAAGAAGAUGCGAUUCCAAUUGUUGCUGCAAAGUCUUCAAGAGAUAUUGCCAGUAAUUACAAGUACAAGCAGGCUUUUGAAAAGGCAAAAGGCCACCACGUUGGCUUCCGCAGCCUCCGGGAUGACCCCCUGCUGGUGCACUAUAUGAAUGUGGCCAAGAUGCAGAGUGACAAGAACUACAAGAAGGAGUACCAUAAGGCUAAGCUCAAAUAUAGCAGCCCGGUGGACAUGCUCAGUGUAGUGCAGGCCAAGCAAGCCUCAGCCGUCACCACCAACAUUGGCUACAAAAAGCCACAGCACCGCUACACCCUCCCACCUGAUGCCUUGAACGUGGAGCUGGCUCGCACCUUGAAUGUUACCAUUAGCGAUAAUAAGUAUAAAUCAGAUUAUGAGAACUACAUGAAAGGAACUGGAUGGGUCCCCAUAGGUUCACUGGAUGUGGAGAAAGUGAAGAGGGCUGGAAAGGCUCUGGAUGAAAAGAAUUAUCGUCAGUCUCCUGACACCAUCAGGUUCACCUGCAUUCCGGACUCGCCAGUCAUGCUUCAAGCCAAGAUCAAUGCCCAGCAGCUGAGCGAUAGGGUGUACAAGGCGAGCGGAGAGAAGUACUUGCAUACCUACAGCCUUCCUUUAGAUACUCCUCAGCUGUUACAGGCUAAGUACAAUGCAGUCAACUUCAGCCCGAAUUUUUAUACCUAUGCUCAUAAGCAAGAUCUUCUCAAAGGUCACCAAAUGAAAGAAGAUGCGAUUCCAAUUGUUGCUGCAAAGUCUUCAAGAGAUAUUGCCAGUAAUUACAAGUACAAGCAGGCUUUUGAAAAGGCAAAAGGCCACCACGUUGGCUUCCGCAGCCUCCGGGAUGACCCCCUGCUGGUGCACUAUAUGAAUGUGGCCAAGAUGCAGAGUGACAAGAACUACAAGAAGGAAUACCAUAAGGCUAAGCUCAAAUAUAGCAGCCCGGUGGACAUGCUCAGUGUAGUGCAGGCCAAGCAAGCCUCAGCCGUCACCACCAACAUUGGCUACAAAAAGCCACAGCACCGCUACACCCUCCCACCUGACGCCAUGGACCUGGAGCUGGCUCGCACCGUGAUGGAAAUACAGAGUGAUAAUGCUUACAAGGCUGAUUACAGCAGCACAUUCAGGGGUGCUGGCUGGGUACCCAUUGGCUCUUUGAAUAUGGAGAAAGUCAAGGCAGCUGGCAAAGCUCUGGAUGAGAAGUCCUACAGACAGCACCCCAGCAACCUCAAGUUCACCAGCCCAUUGGACUCCAUGGACAUGACCCUAGCAAUGAGCAACACUAAGCAGCUCAAUGAAGUUGCAUACAAGGCCUCUGGGGAGAAAUUUAAACAUACCUACAACCUGCCAGUUGACAGCCCAGAGUUCAUCCAAGCCAAAUUCAAUGCUCUAAGCUUAAGCGAGGUUCACUACAGACAUAAGUGGAUUGACGACAUUGCUAAAGGACACAAUAUGAAGACAGAUGCAAUUCCUUUUGUGUCAGCAAAGCGGGGAAGACACAUUGCCAGCAAUUACCAGUACAAGAAAGACUUUGAGAAAGCAAGAGGCCACCAUGUGGGCUUCCGCAGCCUCCAGGAUGACCCCUUGCUGGUACACUACAUGAACGUAGCUAAGAUGCAGAGUGAGAAGAACUAUAAGAAGGAUUACCACAAGGCCAAGCUGAAGUACAGCAGUCCAGUGGACAUGCUCAGUGUAGUGCAGGCCAAGCAGGCCUCAGCCAUCACUACCAACAUUGGCUACAAAAAGCUGCAGCACCGUUACACCCUCCAACCUGAUGCCAUGGACCUGGAACUGGCUCGUAGCUUGAACACCAUUGUGAGCAAUAAUGACUACAGGAGUGACUACAAAAAUUACAUCAAAGGAACUGGAUGGGUUCCUAUAGGAUCAUUAGCAGCUGAAACUGCAAGGGUCGGUACUGAGAUACAGAGUGACAAGAAGUACCGCACUCACCCCUCCAAAUUUCAGUUCAAGAAACUAAUGGACUCCAUGGAUUUGGUCCUUGCAACUGCCAACAAUCAGAUAAUGAAUCAGAAAGCAUACACAGAAGCUUGGAAUAAAGACAAACUCAAGGUCCACAUAAUGCCGGACAGUCCUGAAAUAAUUCAAGCGAAGGUCAACCAGCUCAAUAUGAGUGAGAAACUUUACAAAGCUGGUUUUGAAGAGUUGAGGAGGAAAGGGUACGACCUCCAACCAGAUGCUGUAUCAAUCAAAGCUGCAAAGGCUUCCAGAGAUAUUGCCAGUGAUUAUAAAUACAAACAGGCUUAUGAGAAGACCCGAGGCCACCAUUUAGGUUUCCGCAGCCUCCGGGAUGACCCCCUGCUGGUGCACUAUAUGAACGUGGCUAAGAUGCAGAGUGAGAAGAACUACAAGAAGGACUACCACAAGGCCAAGCUGAAGUACAGCAGUCCAGUGGACAUGCUCAGUGUAGUGCAGGCCAAGCAGGCCUCAGCCAUCACCACCAACAUUGGCUACAGAAAGCUGCAGCACCGCUACACCCUCCAACCUGAUGCAAUGGACCUGGAACUGGCUCGUAGCUUGAUCACCAUUGUGAGCAAUAACGAGUACAAAAGCGACUACAACAAUUUCAUGAGAGGAGUAGGGUGGAUUCCCAUCGGAUCAUUAGCGGCUGAAACUGCUAGGGUCGGCACUGAGAUACAAAGUGACAAGAAGUACCGCACUCACCCCUCCAAAUUUCAGUUCAAGAAACUGAUGGACUCCAUGGAUUUGGUCCUUGCAACUGCUAACAAUCAGAUUAUGAAUAAGAAAGCAUACACGGAUGCUUGGCAUAAAGACAAGCUCAAGGUUCAUAUAAUGCCAGACAGCCCUGAAAUAAUUCAAGCAAAGAUCAACCAGAUAAAUAUGAGUGAGAAAUUCUACAAAGCCGGUAUGGAAGAGAUGAGGAAAAAAGGGUACAACCUCCAGCCAGAUGCUGUUUCAAUCAAGGCUGCAAAGACCUCAAGGGAUAUUGCCAGUGACUACAAGUAUAAGCAGGCCUAUGAGAAAACUAGGGGCCACCAUUUGGGGUUCCGCAGCCUCCAGGAUGACCCACUGCUUGUGCACUACAUGAACGUGGCCAAGAUGCAGAGUGAGAAGAACUAUAAGAAGGACUACCACAAGGCUAAGCUGAAGUACAGCAGCCCAGUGGACAUGCUUAGUGUUAUGCAAGCCAAGCAGGCCACGGCAGUGACUACUAACACUGGCUACAAGAAGCUCAUCUCACACUAUAUUUGUAUCCCAGACACCAUGAAUUUGGAGCUGGCAAGGAACGUGCAAAGCAUUGCUAGUGAUAAUGUCUACAAAAGUGAAUAUAAUAAUUAUCUAAGAGGGACAGGAUGGAUUCCAGUGGGUUCACUCGAAGCAGAAAAAGUAAAGACUGCAGGUCAAAUACAAAAUGAAAAGUUGUAUCGCCAACACCCCAGCAAAUUCAGAUUCACCAAAGACAACCAGUCCAUGGACAUGAUACUGGCAGCUACAAAUGCUCAGAUUUUGAACAAGCAAACAUAUACUGAAACCUGGGAAAAAGACAAGACCAAGAUUCACAUAAUGCCCGAUGCAAUGGGUUUAUGUCUGGCUCGACAGAACAUGCUGAACUACAGUGAGAAAAUGUACAAACUUGCAAAUGAAAUGGACAAGAAGAAGGGCUAUGAUCUUCCUACCAAUGCCUUGUCCAUUAUUGCUGCCAAGGCCUCCAGGGAGAUUGCAAGUGAUUACAAAUACAAGACAGGCUACCGAAAGCAAGUUGGACACCACAUUGGAGCCUUAAGUAUCCAAGAUGACCCUCUGCUCAUGCUGGCUUUGAAUUCAGCCAAAAUUGCCAGUGAUGCUCUGUACAAGAAAGACUUUCAUAAGUCAAAGACUAAAUACAACCUUCCAGUGGAUAUGAUAGCUUUUGAGUUAGCUAAGAAAAAUCAGAUCCAGGUGAAUGACUUCAACUACAGAACUCGUCUUCACAACUGGACCUGCCUGCCAGACUCAAAUGAUGUUGUUCAUGCCAGGCAGGUCUACGACCUACAGAGUAAUGCUGUUUAUAAGGCUGAUCUGAAAUGGCUUCAGGGUUUGGGAUGGGUCCCUCUUGGCUCAUUAGAUGCGGAGAAGGUCAAAAAAGCUGGUAAAAUCUUGAGUGAGACUUUGUAUCGCCAACACCCCAGCAAAUUCAAAUUUUCCAGCACCACUGAAGAUAUGGGAAUGGUUCUUGCCAAAGCCAAUGCAAUUAUUAAUAACAAGCGAAGUUACACAGAAGCAUGGGACAAUGACAAGACCAAGAUUCACAUAAUGCCAGAUGCUAUGGAUGUUGUUCUCGCUCGACAGAAUAGGAUUAACUACAGUGAGAAACUCUAUAAACUUGCAAAUGAGGAGACCAAGAAGAAGGGCUAUGAUCUCCCUGUUGAUGCCCUGUCCAUUAAGGCUGCAAAAGCUUCAAGGGAAAUUGCCAGUGAUUAUAAAUACAAGACAGGCUACAGGAAGCAAGUUGGACACCACAUUGGCGCCCUCAGCAUCCAAGACGAUCCACUUCUCAUGUUGGCUUUAAAUUCAGCCAAGAUUGCCAGUGAUGCGCUGUAUAAGAAAGACUUCCACAGAUCCAAGACCAAAUUCAACCUUCCAGUUGACAUGUUGAAUAUUGAGUUGGCUAAGAAGUGCCAGAUCCAGGUCAAUGACUUUAACUACAGAACUCGGCUUCACAACUGGACCUGCCUACCAGACUCCAAUGAUGUUGUCCAAGCUAGACAGGUCUAUGACUUACAGAGCGAUGCUGUGUACAAGGCUGAUCUAAAAUGGCUUAAAGGAUUAGGAUGGACGCCUAUUGGGUCACUGGAUGUUGAGAAGGUCAGAAAGGCUGGACAGAUCCUGAGUGAGACAUUGUACAGACAGCACCCCAGCAAAUUCAAAUUUUCUAGCUCCACUGAGGACAUGGGAAUGGUUCUAGCCAAAGCCAAUGCACAUAUCAACAACAAGCGGCAGUACACAGAAGCCUGGGACAAUGAGAAGACCAAGAUUCACAUAAUGCCGGAUGCUAUGGAUGUUGUUUUGGCUCGACAGAAUAGGAUUAACUACAGUGAGAAAUUUUACAAACUUGCCAAUGAGGAGGCCAAAAAGAAGGGCUAUGAUCUUCCUGCUACUGCCUUGUCCAUUAUGGCUGCUAAGACCUCCAGAGAGAUUGCAAGUGAUUACAAAUACAAGACAGGCUACCGAAAGCAAGUUGGACACCACAUUGGAGCCUUAAGUAUCCAAGAUGACCCUCUGCUCAUGCUGGCUUUGAAUUCAGCCAAAAUUGCCAGUGAUGCUCUGUACAAGAAAGACUUUCAUAAGUCAAAGACUAAAUACAACCUUCCAGUGGAUAUGAUAGCUUUUGAGUUAGCUAAGAAAAAUCAGAUCCAGGUGAAUGACUUCAACUACAGAACUCGUCUUCACAACUGGACCUGCCUGCCAGACUCAAAUGAUGUUGUUCAUGCCAGGCAGGUCUACAACCUGCAGAGUGAUGAAGUGUACAAGGCUGAUCUGAAGUGGCUUAAGGGUUUGGGAUGGGUACCCAUUGGCUCAAUGGAAGCAGAAAACGUCAAAAAGGCAGGGCAGAUCCUGAGUGAAAAUAUGUACCGAGAGCACCCCAGUAAAUUCAAAUUUUCCACUACCACUGAGGACAUGGGAAUGGUUUUGGCAAAAGCCAAUGCACUACUUAACAACAAGCGACGAUACACUGAAGCCUGGGACAAUGAGAAGACCCAGAUACAUAUCAUGCCAGAUGCCAUGGACAUUGUUCUGUCUCAGCAGAACCGGGUUAACUACAGUGAGAAACUGUAUAAACUUGCCAAUGAGGAGGCCAAGAAGAAGGGAUAUAAUCUUCCUACUGAUGCUCUGUCCAUUAAGGCUGCCAAGGCCUCCAGAGAGAUUGCAAGUGAUUACAAAUACAAGACAGGAUACCGGAAGCAGAUUGGGCACCACACUGGAGCACUUAGCAUUCGAGAUGACCCUUUGCUCAUGCUGGCUUUGAAUUCAGCCAAGAUCGCCAGUGAUGUUUUGUACAAGAAAGACUUCCAUGAGUCAAAGACUAAAUACAACCUUCCAGUGGAUAUGAUAGCUUUUGAGCUGGCCAAGAAAAACCAGAUGCAAGUUAACGACUUCAACUACAGAACUUGGCUUCACAGCUGGACCUGCCUGCCAGAUUCCAAUGAUGUUGUUCAUGCCAGGCAGGUUUACAACCUACAGAGUGAUGCUGUGUACAAGGAAGAUCUGAAGUGGCUUAAGGGUUUGGGAUGGGUACCUAUUGGCUCAUUAGAUGUUGAAAAGGUGAAAAAGGCUGGGAAAAUCCUUAGUGAGGCUCUAUACCGACAGCAUCCCAGUCAGUUCAAAUUUUCCAGCAGCACUGAGGACAUCGGAAUGGUUCUAGCCAAAGCCAAUGCAGUGGUGAACAAUAAGCGACUGUACACUGAGGCAUGGGACAAUGAAAAGACCAGUAUUCACAUAAUGCCAGAUGCCAUGGAUGUUGUCCUUGCUCAGAAGAAUAGGAUCAACUACAGUCAAAAAUUAUACAGACUUGCCAAUGAGGAGGCCAAGAAGCAUGGCUAUGAUCUUCCUUAUGAUGCCUUGUUCAUUAAGGCCGCCAAGGCUUCAAGGGAGAUUGCCAGUGAUUACAUCUACAAGGCAGGCUACCGCAAACAAGUUGGACACCACAUUGGGGCACUUAGCCUUCGUGAUGAUCCAUUGCUUAUGCUGGCAUUGAAUUCAGCCAAAAUUGCCAGUGAUGCUCUUUAUAAGAAGGAUUUCAAUAAGUCCAAAACCAAGUUCCACCUCCCUGCUGACAUGCUGAGUAUUGAGCUGGCUAAGAAGUGCCAGAUUCAGGUGAACGACUUCAACUACAGGGUUCGCCUUCACAACUGGACCUGCCUUCCAGAAUCCAACGAUGUUGUUCAAGCCAGGCAAGCUUAUGACCUACAGAGUGAUGCUGUGUACAAGGAAGACCUGAAGUGGCUUCGGGGAAUAGGCUGGGUCCCCAUGGGCUCACUUGAUGUUGAGAAAGCCAAGAGAGCAGCGGACAUUCUAAGUGAGAGGAAAUACCGGCAGCCACCCAGUUCGAUCCCAUUCUCUACUGUGACUGACUCCAUGGAGCUUAUGCUUGCACAGGCCAAUGCUAUAGUUAUGAACAAGCGACUGUACACAGAAGCAUGGGACAAAGACAAGGUGACAAUCCAUGUCAUGCCUGACACCCCUGAGAUUCUCUUGGCUCAGCAGAAUAGACUUAACACCAGCCAGAAAUAUUACAGACAAGGUUUUGAAGAAACUAUAAAGAAGGGCUAUUAUCUCCCAAAAGAUGCCAUCUCUCUCAUAUCAGCCAAGGCAUCUCGGGACAUUGCUAGUAAUUACAAAUACAAGGAGGGCUACCGCAAACAAGUUGGACAUCACAUUGGAGCUCGUAGUGUCCAUGAUGACCCCCUGAUAAUACUAGCCAUGAAUUCAGCAAGGAUUGCCAGUGAUGCUCUGUACAAGAAGGACUUUAAUAAGUCCAAGACCAAGUUCCACCUCCCUGCUGACAUGCUGAGUAUUGAGUUGGCCAAGCAGUGCCAGAUCCAGGUGAAUGACUUCAACUACAGGACUCAUCUUCACAACUGGACCUGCUUGCCAGAUUCCAAUGAUGUAGUCCAAGCCAGGAAAGUGUACGAUAUGCACAGUGAUGUUGUGUAUAAGGCAGACAUGGAAUUCAUGAGGGGGCUUGGAUGGAUCCCAAUUGGUUCACUGGAUGUGCUAAAGGCCAAGAAGGGGGCAGAAAUUCUAAGUGAACGCCUCUACAGGCAAAAGCCAGAUACUUUUAAGCAUACAAUUGAUAUGGAGUCUAUGCCCAUGGUCCUAGCCAAGGCCAAUGCUCAGACAAUUAACCAGCAUCUUUACACUGAAGCCUGGGAGAAGGACAAAACUAAAAUUCACGUGAAUGCAGAUCUGCCAGAGAUUGCCCUUGCUAGGGCUAAUGCUGCCAACAUUAGCCAGAAACUGUACAGACAAAGUUUUGAAGAAUCAAUCAAGAAGGGCUAUGAUAUCAGAUCAGAUGCCCUAUCGAUCCAAGCUGCCAAGGCCUCAAGAAGCAUUGCUAGUGAUUACAAAUACAAGGAGGGCUACCGCAAGCAAGUUGGACAUCACAUUGGAGCUCGUAGUGUCCAUGAUGACCCCCUCAUUGUGCUGGCCAUAAAUUCAGCACGGAUUGCCAGUGAUGCUCUGUACAAAAAGGAUUUCAAUAAGUCCAAGACCAAGUUCCACCUCCCUGCUGACAUGCUGAGUAUUGAGGUGGCUAAGCAGUGCCAGAUAAAGGUGAAUGACUUCAACUACAGGACUCAUCUUCACAACUGGACCUGUCUGCCAGACUCCAAUGAUGUAGUCCAAGCCAGGAAAGUAUACGAUAUGCAAAGCGAUGCUGUUUACAAGUCUGAUCUGGAAUGGUUGAGGGGCACUGGCUGGGUCCCCAUUGAUUCACUUGAUGUUGAGAAGGCUAAAAAGGCUGCAGAGAUCCUGAGUGAAAAGAAAUACCGUCAGCAUCCAAGCAACUUCAAGUUUACAAGCAAGAUUGAUUCUAUGCAACUAGCUCUGGCUCAGGCUAAUGCAAAGUUAAUGGACCAGAGGGCCUACACUGAAGCAUGGGACAAAGACAAGGUCAACAUUCACAUGAUGCCAGAUACACCCGCUAUUCUUCUCUCCCAGCAGAACAAACUCAACACUAGCCAGAAAUACUAUAGAAGAGAUUAUGAAGAAAGUCUGAAACGGGGCUACCUGCUUCCCAAGGAUGCCAUUUCUGUGAAAUUUGCCAAAGCCUCCAGGGACAUCAUCAGUGAUUAUAAGUACAAGGCAGGGUACCGCAAGCAACUUGGACACCACAUUGGAGCCCUCACCAUCCAUGAUGACCCCUUGAUUAUAAAAGCCUUAAAUGCAGCCAAGAUCUCUAGUGAUGUUAUGUAUAAGAAAGAUUUCCACAAAACAAAGACUAAGUUUAACCUUCCUGUGGAUAUGAUUGCCUUUGAGCUAGCGAAGAAAAACCAAAUGCAAGUUAACAAUUUCAACUACAGGACUCAUCUGCACAGCUGGACUUGCCUGCCAGACUCCAAUGAUGUUGUUCAUGCCCGGAAAGUUUAUGAUCUGAAUAGUGAUGCUGUGUAUAAGUCAGACCUGGAGUGGCUACGUGGUUGUGGCUGGAUGCCCCAGGACUCUCCGGAUGUGAACAAGGUCAAGCGUGCCCAGUCCAUCCUGAAUGAUCGGCUGUACCGCCAGCCCCCCAGUGCCAUCAAGUUCACUAGUAUUGUUGACUUGCCUGACAUUAUUCAAGCUAAGCAGAAUGCUGAACUCCUUAGUGCUAUGAAAUACAAAGAAGCAUGGGAAAAAGAAAAAACGUCAAUACACUUGACACCUGAUAUACCAUCCAUGGAACUUUCCAAAACCAACUCCUUCAAUAUCAGCAAUAAAUUGUAUACAAAAUCUUGGGAUGAAGAAAAAGCAAAAGGAUACCAAAUAAAAGCAGAUGCCAUAUCCUUUUUGAAGGCCAAAGCUUCUAGGGAUAUCAUUAGUGAUUACAAAUACAAGGAGGGCUAUCGCAAACAAGUCGGUCAUCACAUUGGAGCUCGUAGUGUUCAUGAUGACCCUCUAAUAAUACUAGCUAUGAAUUCAGCAAAGAUCGCUAGUGAUGCUCUGUACAAGAAGGACUUCAAUAAGUCCAAAACCAAAUUCCACCUUCCUGUCGACAUGCUGAGUAUUGAGCUGGCGAAAAAGUGCCAGAUCCAGGUGAAUGACUUCAACUACAGGGUUCGCCUUCAUAACUGGACCUGCCUGCCAGACUCCAAUGAUGUUGUCCAAGCCAGAAAGGCCUAUGACCUGCAUAGUGAUAAUGUUUACAAGUCUGACCUGGAGUGGCUAAAAGGUAUUGGUUGGAUGCCACAUGAAUCACCUGAAGUUAAGAAAGUAAAAAAUGCCCAGAAGAUCUUGUCAGAUAGAGGAUACCGCACAAAAGUGGAUGAGCAGAAGUUCACAGCUGCACUGGACAGAGUUGAUUUUCUUUCUGCUAAAAAUGCAGCAGAAAUCCUAAAUGAGGCAAAGUAUCGUGAAGCUUGGCAUGCAGUGAAGACAAAAUACACCAUGCUGGACACACCACAGCUUGCAGCGGCCCGAGAGGCUGCUAAGAACAUCAACCAGAAACUCUAUAUUGAAGAAUGGGAGAAGACAAAGGCAACUAGCUACAAAAUGCCUGGAGAUGCUAUACCUAUUAAACACCAUAUUCAGAUUUCAGACAUGCAGAGUGAUCAAAAAUACAAGGCAGAAUACCACAAGCAAAUUGGACACCAUGUUGGGGCCCUCAGUGUCAAAGAUGAUCCUCUGCUCAGGCUGGCUUUAAAUUCAACAAAAAUUGCAAGUGAUGCUCUGUACAAGAAGGAGUUCAACAAGUCUAAAACUAAAUACAACCUUCCUAUUGAUAUGAUAGCCUUCGAGACAGCCAAGAAAUGCCAGAUCCAAGUCAAUGACAACAAUUAUAGAACUCGUCUGCACAGGUGGACUUGCUUGCCAGAUGCAAAUGAUGUCAUCCACGCUCGGAAAGCGUAUGAUCUUCAGAGUGAUUAUACCUAUAAGGCGGACUUGGAAUGGCUCCGUGGUUGGGGCUGGAUGGCCCUAGACUCUGUGCACCAUAUGAAGGUCAAGAAAGCACAGGGAAUCCUGAAUGAUAGACUUUAUAAGAAGGAUGCCAAGGAGAACUUCAGCAGAUACACACACGUGGUUGAUCGCCCCGAGAUCAUUCAGGCCAAAAUCAAUGCUUUCCACCUCAGUGAUCUGAAAUACAAGGAAACCUUCAACAUGGAAAAGGGCAACUACAUUGGAUCUGUGGAUACACCUCAGCUAGCCCACUGCAGAGAGGUGUCCAAAAACACCAGCGAGAAACUAUACAAGUUGAAGUGGGAUAGCACCAAAGCCAUUGGAUACCAACUGGAUCACAAGUAUAUUCCACUAGUGGGGGCCAAGCACAGCCAGGGUGCUAUAAGUGAUGUGAAAUACAAGGAGGCCCAUGAAAAAAUCAAAGGACACUAUUUGGCUGAGACCACAGAAGACUUCCCUCUUGUAGUUCAUGCUGCUGGGAUUGAAAAGAUGAAGAAUAUGAGAGACUAUCGCAAAGGAUAUGAGGAGACAAAGACCAAGCUCCACAUCCCCUUUGACAUGGUGAGCCAUGUCAUUGCCAAGAGAUGCCAGGAUAUCCUCAGUGACAUCCAGUACCGCACCUACUUGCAUCAGUGGAUCUGCCUUCCAGACCAGAAUGAUGCCAUCCUGGCCCGGAAAGCCAAUGAAAUCCUCAGUGAUGUUUUCUACAAAGAGGAUCUCAACUGGAUGAAGGGGAUUGGCUGCUAUGUGUGGGAUACCCCUGAAAUCCUUCAUGCAAAGAAAUCUUAUGAGAUACAGAGUGAUAUAAAAUAUAAAGCUGAUGGAAAGAAGGAAUUAAAUAACUUUUCUGUUGUGAUGGAUACGCCUACUUAUAUUAAUGCUAUUCGGGCGCACACCUGGGCCAGUGAGCUGAACUACAAAGAAGCUUACCAGAAGGAGAAACAUAAGCACACAUCAGUCUUGGAUACUUUUGACUUUGCACGGUGUCAAUACCUGAAACAAAUCUAUAGCAGCAAAAUGUACAGAGCUGCAUGGGACACCUUCAAGGACAGGAGUUACAAGCUGCCAGUGGACUCCCGAGCCUUGACCCAUGCCAGAAAUCAGAAGAUCAUCCAGAGUGAUGUAAAGUACCAUGAAGAUUAUGAGAGGUUCAAAUCCCUGUACAGUCUACCCAAAUCCCUGGAGGAGGAUCCUGCAACAGCAAGAUGCAUCCGGGUCGGGAAACUCUGCCUUGAUCGCCUGUACAAGGAAGAGUACCACAACAACAAGGCUAGGGUACACAUACCACCUGACAUGCAUGAAGUGGUGGUGGCCCGGCAGACUCAGGAUCGGGUCAGCGAAAUUGGUUACCGCAAGUACUUACACCAGUGGAUCUGCCUACCUGACUUGCAGGUCUAUGCCCAUGCCCGCAAGGUCAACAAGCAGCUCAGCGAUUUCUUUUACAAGGAUGACCUGAAUUGGCUGAAGGGCAUUGGUUGCUUUGCCUGGGACACACCUGAGAUCCUGCGUUGCAAACGAGCCAACAACCUGCUGAGUGAACUUCACUAUCACCAUGAUUACAACACCAGUGUCAAGGGAAAAAAUAGUGCUCCAGCUGUCACCUUGGACACCGAGAGAGCUCGACUGGCCAACUUCAACCAGAGUGAUAAUAUUUACAAAUAUGUCAGCAAGAAAUUCAUGCCUACUGGGUACUCCCUUCCCCUCGAUAUUCCUCUUAUCAAGCAGGCCAAGACGAACUCCGUGAAGUACAAGGAAACAUAUGAACUCAUGAAGGCUAAAGGUUAUACUCUGGACCGCAACAGCGUUAACUUUGUCAAUAUCAGAAAAGUCAAUGACAUCGUGAACCAGCGUCUCUACCGUGAGAAGUAUGAAAAGGAGAAGGACAAAAUUCACACCACCUGUGACACACCAGAGAUCAAGCUAGUGAAGGCUACCCAGAAGGCUAUCAGUGAUCUGUGCUACAAGGAAAAGUAUUUCAACAGCAGAGGCAACCUCAUCUCUUUGCCUAUUACUCCCCAACUGAUGCACUGUUACCAUGUGAACAAGAUCACCAGCGAUCUGAAGUACAAAGAGGACUUGCAGUGGCUGAAGGGUUUUGGCUGCUUCAUAUACGAAACACCAGAAUUGGUGAACAUCCGCAAAAUCACCAGCUUCCGGAAUAAUUACAAUGUUGAAGCAAAGAAGAUGCUGAGCCACUACUCCACUGUCCUAGAAACUCCAGAGUACAAGCGUGUGUCUGAGCUGAAGACCCAUAUGAGUGAACUGGUGUAUAGAGCACGUGGCAAUGAGCAGAAAACCAAGUGCACGACAAGUCUGGAUCGGCUGGACAUUCAGAGAUCCAAGUGGGCCCAACAGCUGACCAACCAGUACCUGUAUACUGACUUGGCCUCUAAGGAGAGGGCUCACUGCACCUCUGAAGUUGAAACUCCAAUCAUGCACCUCACCCGGAAGAUGAAAGUUGUCUUUAGUGAGAACAAAUAUAAAGAGCAGUAUCAGAAGAUGAAGCACAAGUACACCUCCAUUACUGACACACCCAUUGUGGUCAUGGCAAAAAAGGCCUACUUCAAUUCCAGUGAUCUGCGCUACAAAGAGGCUUUUGAGAAGGCCAAGGGACAUUACCAAACAGUAAAGGAUGCCCUUAACAUCAUCUACCAUCGUAGAGUAACGGAUGACAUCAGUGAGGUGAAAUACAAACAGAAGCACAUCAGCUCACUGGGACUGUGGAGGUCCAACCCUGACCGUCCUGAUCUCUACCACUACAAGACUGUGAGAGAUGCGGUCAGCACUGUUAAGUAUAAGGAGGAUCUAGACUGGCUGAAGGGCAUUGGCUGCUACGUGUGGGACACCCCACUGAUGAAGCUUGCGGAGAAGAACAGCAGACUCUUCAGUGAGAGGAUAUACAAGGCAUCUUCUGAGAAGGACAAAUGCAACUUCAAGUACACAAGUGAUACCCCAUUUUUCCGAGCCAUGAAGAACGCAGCCGUCGUAAUCAAUGAUAAGAGGUACCGAUCCCGGGCCAAGGAGCUCCUCAAGAGUGGCUGCAAUGAGCUACUGCGGCCAGAUAUCCUCAGUGCUAUUUACAACUCAAGCAUGUGGAGCAAGGUGAAAUACAAGGAGCAGUAUGAACUUGCCAAGGACAGGUAUACCACUGUGCUGGAGACACCCGAGCAUGAGAUGCACAAGCGCAGCAAGAAGAUCAGUGAUAUCCUCUAUAAAUUGGAGUACAACAGGAACAAGGACAAGGCAUACACCUUGGGCCAUGACACUGUGCUCCAGCAGCACAUGAAGAAGGUUAAGGACCUUCAGAGUGUGCUGAAGUACAAGGAGAUGUAUGAGCGGGAGAAGGCCCACAUUACUAUUGCUUCCGAUGCCCAUGCAAUCCGAGCUUCCAGAGAAGCCUACAAGAACAUCACCAAUCUUGACUACAAGAAAAAGUAUGAGGCCACCAAGAACAAGUGGAUCUGGACUGUAGACAGGCCCGACUUUGUCCAUGCUGCAAAAACCACUUUACAGCAAAGUGAUGUUGAGUACAAAUAUGAUAAGGAGUUGCUGAAAGGCUGCAAAACAUCUGUUGUGGAUGACAAGCUUAUGACCUUGGUGAAGAAGACUGGAGAGUUAGCUAGUGAUGUGAAGUACAAGGAGAAGUACCAGAAAUCAAAGGGCAUAUACAAGGCAGUUGCAGACACCCCUCAGAUUCUCCAUGCCAAAUCUGUGGCCUCCCUUUCUUCUGAGAGUAAAUACAAGAAAGCCAGCAAGAAGGAGAUGCAGUCAGGGUCGUUCACCAAGCUGCCGGAAACACGUGAGACUGCGCACAGCAAGGAGAUAACCAAGCUCGUGAGUGAGAAACAAUACAAGUGCAAGUUUGAGAAAGAAAAGGGCAAAUCUGAGUAUAACAACAUGCUGGUACCCCCUGAUGUGCAACAUGCCAUGGAUGUAGCGAAAAACCAGAGCAAUGUGGCCUACAAGCAGGAAGCCAAGUCCAAGCUGCACUACACCCCUGUGGCGGACCGCCCCGACAUCAAGAAGGCCACAAACGCUACAAAGCUCAUCACCUAUAUUGGAUAUCGAGACAAAGCCCGCCAAGAGGCUAGCCGUGGAGGGUCAAUGAUCAACCGCCCUGACAUCACCCUGGCCACGGAAGUUUCCAAGCUCACUAGUCAGGUGAAGUACAAGGAGAAGUUUGACAAGGAGAUGAAGGGGCAGAGGCCACAAUAUGACCUGAAGACCAGUAAAAUUUACCAGACCCUGAAGGAAGCAAACAGCCUUGCCAGUGAGGUGAAAUACAAAACAGAUUUAAAGAAGAUACACAAGCCAGUGACAGACAUGUCUGAAUCCCUCUCCAUGCAACACAACCUGAGUACUAGCAAGCUGUCCAGUGAUUAUCAGUACAAGAAGAAAUUUGAAGAGAGCAAAGGUCACUACCACAUGAUCCCAGACACACCUGAGCAGAUCCAUCUCAAGGAGGCAUCUGAACUGCAGAGCCAAGUGAAAUACAAGGAGAAGUAUGAGAAGGAGAGAGGGAAAGCCAUGCUGGACUUUGAGACACCAACAUAUGUGUCAGCCAAGGAGGCCCAACAAUUGCAGAGCGAGAAAGAUUACAAGAAGGACUAUGAAGAAUCCAUUAAAGGCAGGAAUCUUUCUGGCUUGGAAGUCACCCCUGCCAUGCUGCAUGUCAGACAUGCCACCAAAAUAAUCAGUGAGAAAGAGUACAGGAAGGAUCUAGAGGAGGGAGUGAAAGGUAAAGGUUUGACAGUGUUGGAUGAAACCCCUGAGCUUCUCAGAGCAAAAAAUGCUACUCAUAUCCUGAAUGAGAGAGAAUACAAAAAAGCACUGGAGAAUGAGAUUAAGGGAAAGGGUUUGUUAGCUGCUGCUACUGACACACCAGACUUCAUGAGGGCAAAGAAUGCCACGGACAUACUUAGUCAGACAAAAUACAAACAAACAGCAGAGCAGGACCGAGCCAGUUAUACCACGGUGAUCGACACCCCGGACAUCAUCCAUGCUCAGCAGAUGAGGAGCCUUGUUAGCCAGAAAAAGUACAAAGAAGAGGCUGAAAGGAGCAUGUCGCACUACGUGCCAGUUAUAGACACCCCGGAGAUGCAGAGGGUCCGGGACAACCAGAAAAACUUCAGCACUCUUCAAUACCAGACUGACCUUAAAAACAUUAAGGGCAAAGUGUCCACUGUAAAGGACACUCCUGAAUUGCAACGUGUUAGAGAAAAUCAAAAGAAUUUCAGCUCGAUACUGUACAAAGAGGAACUGGGAGGAGGAACGGCUAUAGCUGAAACACCAGAGAUGGAGCGAGUUAAACGCAAUCAGCAAAUGAUUAGCACGAUAAAGUACAAAGAAUCAGUGGGCCAAGGCACGGCCAUCCCGGACCUCCCAGAAGUGAAAAGGGUCCGGGAGACCCAGAAGAACAUCAGCUCGAUUCUGUACAAAGACAAUCUUUGUGGAGGAACGGCAAUAGCAGAGACACCAGAGAUGGAGAGAGUUAAACGGAAUCAGGAAGCAGUUAGCACGAUAAAGUAUAAGGAGUUGGUGGGCCAAGGCACAGCCAUCCCGGACCUCCCUGAAGUGAGACGGGUCCGCGAGACUCAGAAAAACAUCAGCUCGGUGAUCUUCAGGGUAUGUGAGCAUGUCUGGGUUAUUCAAUUUCCCCAGGGUAACUAUGAUUCUGUUCUAUAGGUGCAGUAUAAGGAUCAAAUGCAGAAGGGAACACCCGUCAUAUUCACUCCAGAGAUGGAGCGGGUGAAGCGAAACCAAGAACACCUUAGCUCGGUGCUAUAUUCGGAUAGUUUCCGCAAACAGGUUCAGGGCAAGGCUGCCUUUGUCUUGGACACCCCUGAGAUGAGACGUGUUAAGGAGACUCAGCGCAAUAUUUCUGGAGUGCUGUACCAUCAGGAAUUUGAGAAGAAUAAGGGCAGUUUCACCCCUGUGGUAACUGAUCCCAUCACAGAGCGUGUAAAGAAGAACACACAGGACUUCAGUGACAUCAACUACCGAGGCAUCCAGAGGCGUGUGGUGGAGAUGGAAAAGAAAAGGGAUAUGGACCAUGACCAGGAGACCAUUGCUGACCUUCGUGUGUGGCGCACAAACCCUGGCUCAGUCUUUGACUAUGACCCUGCAGAGGACAAUAUCCAGUCCAGAAGUUUACACAUGAUGUCAGUCCAAGCUCAUCGUCGUAACAAGGACCUCCACCGCUCUAUCAGCGCCGUGAGCCCUGGGGAUGAGAAGUCUGAAGUCUCAGAGAAUGUGGACCACCAGCUGUCCCAAUAUAGUAAUAGCUUUGGAGCUCCAUCCAUAGGCUACCAGCAAGCCAAAACAGUAGAGCUCCAGCAGAGAUCAUCAUCUGUAGCUACUCAGCUAACCACUGUGUCAUCAGUUCCUUCGCAUCCCUCAACUACUGGGAAAACUGUACGUGCCAUGUAUGACUACACAGCUACAGACACAGAUGAGGUGUCCUUCAAGGAUGGCGACGUCAUCAUAAACGUGCAGUCCAUUGACGAAGGUUGGAUGUACGGAACAGUACAACGCACUGGCAAGACUGGCAUGCUGCCAGCCAAUUAUGUCGAAGCCAUCUAA